AUGGACAAGACCAAGGUGGAAAGUGAAGCAGCUUGGCCUAUCCCUUCUUCAAUCAAGGAGUUGAGGGGCUUCUUAAGGCUCUCAAGUUACUAUAGAAUGUUCAUAAGGAACUAUAGUGUUAUUGCCAGGCCUCUCACUAAUUUGCUUAAGAAAAAUGCUUGGGGGUCGAGUGAGCAAGCCAAUGCUGCCUUUAAGCAACUAAAGCAAGCUUUAUGCUUAGUACUGGUCUUGGCUCUACCUGAUUUCAACAUGGAUUUCUGUGUGGAAACGAAUGCCUCAGGAUAUAGGGUGAGGGGAGUUUUUCAACAGCAAGGUAAACCAAUGGCAUACUUCAAUAGGGGACUGGUUUCUCAAAAGAAAAUGGAAGAUUAUGGUGGGAAGUGUUACCGGCAUCAGGAAGGAAUUAUUUCAGCUCUUCCAUGA